AUGCAUAAAGACGAAGACGACCAGGAGAAUUUGAAGAAGCAGAAAGGUGAAGAUGGCCAGGAGAAAUUGAAGCAGCAGAAAGAUGAAGAUGGCCAGGAGAAAUUGAAGCAGCAGAAAGAUGAAGAUGACCAGGAGAAAUUGAAGCAGCAGGAAGAUGAAGAUGGCCAGGAGAAUAUGAAGAAGCAGACAGCUGAAGAUGGCCAAGAGAAAUUGAAGAAGCAGAUAUUUUGCUGA